GCAUCCCUGGUGUAGGUUGUGAGAGCCGCCGGAUCAUUCGCUGCUUCGUCUCUCUGUCUAUGGGAACAGGUGCCGCUCGACUCGGUACCACAUCGCCGCAACCGAUUCUCAUUCACGUCCGUCCUUUCUCCUCCCGUUCGAAUUCCCCUCCAGAAAAUCGAGAAAACACGAUUACGUGUUCGCCUAGAGACAACAAGAUGACGGCGAGGCUUUGUACCGAGUGUACGAUUGAAUUGACGUUCUUCAAGCGAAAGAUAAGCUGUUUCGAUUGCGGGCAUCUCUUCUGUUCGACUUGUGCGACGAGCGUAACUGCUCCCGGAAUACAGAAGGGCAGACGCUGUUUCAAGUGCAGAACGUUUGCGAUACCCAACAGGGACGACCUGAUGACGCUCAAGAUUCCGGACCUAAAAUGUUAUCUGACCGAUAAAGAGAUUUCGACUACGCAAUGUUCGGAGAAAAGGGAUCUUGUCGAUUUGGUUCUUCAAUGUGCUGCGUGUCAGACACAGGGUCUUGUGAGGGGCAGUGCUCGACCGUCGUCUUCUGCGAAUAACUCCCGGCGGUCGGAUACUCAGCCUAGAGUCUCGCCUUCGGUGGGCAGAACAGGUCAGGGCAAUUCACAGCGACGUAGAUUGGGUGGCCAUCGGACUUCGCAUCAUACACAUUCGCAUGGAUCGUCUGCACAAGGGCAAUCGAAUUCGGGUUCGUUUUCGUCUCGGUCUCAUUCGUCUGUUGACACGCAGUCACAAUAUGAUGGUCGGUGGGCGUUUUUGGUACCAGGAGCCCCAACGUCAUCGCAUACUGGUAAUGCUGGUAGUCAGUCACGGCAGAGUGCAGGAGCCCCAACGUCAUCGCAUACUGGUAAUGCUGGUAGCCAGUCACGACAGAGUGGUGCAACAAGUGGCAGUCAGCCUUCGACGUCACAACAGGGUGCUCACUUGUCGGGUCAAGCGAAUCGCUCGAAGGCUAGAGUUUCACUUGAUGAGCUUAAGACAGAGGAGGACGUUAACAAGCUCACUGUUCGACAAUUAAAGGAGAUACUGGCAAGGAAUUUUAUUGACUAUAAGGGUUGCAUAGAGAGGAGUGAACUUGUCGAGCGUGUUUGUCGUCUCGUUGUUUCUCAUCUAAAAGAAAAAGAUGAGCUUCGAAAGGCCGAGGCAAGUGGUCAUGCCACCGGCACUGGUAAUCCCACUGAAUGCAAGAUAUGCAUGGACCAGCCCGUAGACUGUGUACUUCUCGAGUGCGGGCACAUGGUCUGUUGUACAAGGUGUGGACGGCGACUCCACGAGUGCCCGAUAUGUCGAUGCCUCGUAUCUCGCGUAGUACGUGUAUUUCGAUCGUAA